CCUCUCGCGACGCAGUCGCCCGUCCCAGCGCUGCACCAACACGCCAUUAAAUAUAGGCCCCUAUAUUUCAUAUUUUUCCGUAGUAUUUGACUUAUUUUUGGGACAGAUGACGACAUCUUUUCAGUUGUUCUUUAUUUUGACAUAAAGGAGUUUUAGUUUUUGUUUGUUUGUUCUUCUGGGAAAAAAAAGGGUGGACAAUGGACGAGCGAGCCAAGAAAAUCGGCUGAGGAUUUUCUUUGCGUGUGUGUCGGCUUUGGGACUUGAGGACAACAGGCAUGACUUUGCAGCAUCCGCAGCACUGAACCAAAAUUCCCCAAAAACAAACAAAACAAAAAAAGAGAAAGGAAAGGAGGCGAAUACUCCAGCAUCUUGCGCUCUUUUCCCCCUCGACCGCGAGGCCCUCCCGUUUUCUGGAUUAAAUCUUUGGAGCAGAAAAGAUGGCUCACCUGAUCCGCCACAAGCUGACCAACAAGCUGACCAACGCGGCCCACGCGGUCUCCAACAAGUCCCAGGCCAAGGUCAGCGGCGUGUUCGCCCGCCUCGGCUUCCAGGCCGCCACGGACGAGGAGGGCGUGGGAUUCGCCGAGUGCGACGACCUGGACUACGACUACAGGCGAGGCAUGCAGAUGGACGUCCUCCAGGCGGGCGGAGAGGGCGGAGAGGGCGGAGAGGGCGGCCCGGAGGACGGGGACAGCCACUACCAGAGGGACGGCCCCGGCCCCGGCCCCGGCCCCGGGCCUCAGGCCCUCAAGACCGCGGGGUCGCAGGAUGAGGACAAGCCCAAGAUCACGUCGUGGGAGGCUGGAUGGAACGUCACCAACGCCAUCCAGGGCAUGUUCGUCCUCGGCCUGCCGUACGCCAUCCUGCACGGCGGCUACCUGGGCCUCUUCCUGAUCAUCUUCGCCGCGGUGGUGUGCUGCUACACGGGCAAGAUCCUCAUCGCGUGCCUCUACGAGGAGAACGAGGACGGCGUCAAGGUGCGCGUGCGCGACUCCUACGUGGACGUGGCCAACGCGUGCUGCGCGCCCCGCUUCCCCGCGCUGGGCGGCCACGUGGUCAACGUGGCGCAGAUCAUCGAGCUGGUGAUGACGUGCAUCCUGUACGUGGUGGUGAGCGGCAACCUGAUGUACAACAGCUUCCCGGGGCUGCCGGUCUCGCAGAAGGCGUGGUCGGUGGUGGCCGCCGCCGCCUUGCUGCCCUGCGCCUUCCUCAAGAACCUGAAGGCCGUGUCCAAGUUCAGCCUGCUGUGCACGCUGGCCCACUUCGUCAUCAACGUGCUGGUGAUCGCCUACUGCCUGUCGCGGGCUCGGGAGUGGGCGUGGGAGAAGGUCAAGUUCUACAUCGACGUCAAGAAGUUCCCCAUCUCCAUCGGCAUCAUCGUGUUCAGCUACACCUCGCAGAUCUUCCUGCCGUCCCUGGAGGGCAACAUGCAGAAGCCCGGCGAGUUCCGCUGCAUGAUGGACUGGACCCACAUCGCCGCCUGCGUCCUCAAGGGCCUCUUCGCCCUGGUGGCCUACCUGACGUGGGCCGACACCACCAAGGAGGUCAUCACGGAUAACCUGCCCAGCGCCAUCCGCGCGGUGGUCAACCUCUUCCUGGUGGCCAAGGCGCUGCUGUCCUAUCCGCUGCCUUUCUUCGCCGCCGUCGAGGUCCUGGAGAAGUCGCUGUUCCGAGACGGCGGGCGGGCCUCGUUCCCCGACUGCUACGGGCCGGGCGGCCGGUUGAAAUCGUGGGGCCUGGGGCUGCGGGUGGCCCUGGUGGUCUUCACCCUGCUCAUGGCCGUCUUCGUCCCCCAUUUCGCCCUCCUCAUGGGUCUGACGGGCAGCCUGACGGGCGCCGGCCUGUGCUUCCUGCUGCCGAGCCUCUUCCACCUGAAGCUCCAGUGGAGGAACCUCCUGUGGCACCACGUCUUCUUCGACGUGGCCAUUUUCGUCAUCGGCGGCAUUUGCGCCAUAUCGGGCCUCAUCCACUCCAUCGAAGGGCUCGUAGAGGCGUUCAGGUACAAUAUCCAUGACUGAGAGCUUUUCGCCGACGACCUUUAACCCCCCCGACGCCCCGCUCCGCUCCCCGCUCUGUGGGUCACGACGACGAAGAAGCCCGCGAGGAGGAGCAUGUGUGUGAAAUCGUUUUUAAUUUUGCCUUUGUGAAAACGUGCAAUAAUAAACUCUGCAAUCAUAGUAUCCAAUAGUCUCCGACGGUAACGUCGCGCAGAGGGGACGCGACCUCCUGAAGGGGGCGUGGCCAAAGAUGACAAAGGGUGAAACACGGCUCAAAGCACAAGCGUGCGCGUGGUGAUGUUUGGGCCGAGCUGGGAAAUACGUGGACGAACAGUGGACUUUACGUUCUACGACGGGGGGCCUCGAUUUACGACGGCGUUCGGUUCCUACGUCGGCGACGUCACCCAAAUUGGGAUGUAAGGCGACGGAAUGCGCCGUAGGCUGUUGCUAACCGGGGACGGAGCCGGGAAUUUUUCCAAAUGAAAUUGUCGACCUGAGUUUGGGGGGGGGGGGGUGUUGCUCAGUAUCUUUAGAGUGGCCACGCCCACCCUUGCCACCCCCUGGCUCCGCCUCCUGUUGCUAACCUAUGCUAAAGCUAAAGCACGCCUGAAGUCACAAUUACAGUAAGUACUUUUAUGAAAGACACUUCUCGGCCAUAAAUAUGAAACAGGGAUGUCCGAACUAUGGCCCGGGGCAAUUUAUGGCCCGGCGUCCAUUUUGUAGGGGCCCGCGACAUCUACUAACAAUUUCCUUUUGACAGGGUCCACAACCCUAUUUUAACACAGGGAUGGGGCUGGGGUUAGGGGGCAUCAUGAAAAGUGUGUGUGUGUGUUUGGGGGGGGGGGGGGGGUUGGGACACCCACCCACCCACCCACCCACCCAUAACCGCCACUACGACUAAUAAUCCGUCCCCGUGCUACGUGUCAAGGUCCAAAUUGUGAACAUAUCCCAUUAUUACAUUAGAGAGCUUCAAGGUGCUCUAAAUCUUGCUCAUUUUGGUUCUGAAUGUGAAGUAGCGGAUCGAGUCACAUGAAUCGCGUUUAACAUAAAGCUGUGAUGCAGCGGUUUUUCAAAAUACCCGCAGUAUAUAAUUGCUGGAUGGACGGGUUUGAGCAGGUUUCAUAAAUGAAAGUGGCCCUGAAAGCCUUCCAUUUUUUGGUAAGCAUCCCCCAUACGAGAAACGUUGGACUCCCCGCACGUAAAACAAUCGAACGAAACAGUAAGUAUACUGUUGCGCUAACUACGUAGUAUAUCGGAACCGGCGUAAAUGGAGGCCCUCCUGUACUGCUAUUUAAGCUGCUAUAAGGGAAAGUCCGCACGAACACGUGUAUUUAAAAGCAACUAACUGUACGACUGUACGAAAAUAAAUCUUCUCCCCCUUCGAUGACACAUACAAGUGGAUGGAGAAGGCAGCCCUUUUCCUGCUGAUUCGCAAUCGUAAAAAUAUCGAACAGGUUUAACGUUUACGAUGGUCGGCCCGACCGGUUCGCGAGCAGAUCGUGGAGGAAAACUGUCAGUUAACACGUCCCACACCGCAAGAUGAUCAGCGCAGGAAAAUAUUUCAGAAACAUCCGAGAAGCGGGCCUUUGCUGACUUGGAUCACGAGUGCAAGAUGAUCCAAAUUGGCCCGAUUAUCUGGCACGUGUUUUUCCCCUGAAAUAUUCGGUGUGACUCACUUGUUCGGGAGGGGCAAUCGACUUCAGGCUGUUCCGCCUCAUAGUCCGUUCUUUUGGGAAAAAGAAAGAACAACAAAAACCAAGCCAAAUUUGGAGAUAUGCCCUUUUCAUUGUACAGUGACCAAAUACUCAACAACCUCAACGAGUACGUCGCAAAUCACCCGCGCGCCUGCCAUUGCACAGAACGAAGCCCACUUCGGCGAGGAUAUCCCGUUAGUUUUGCUGUUUUGAAAUGACAUGACAUCGCACAAUCGUGAGGUAUUAUCUGUCUCUAUGCAAAUGAUCAAAACUAAAUUCUGGAACAUCUCCAGCCUGGCCAGAGUUCGCACGAGGGCACAAAAAAGCCUUCCCCCCCCCCCUUGUGUGUGUUUUGAAUACCUGUAAUCGUGUGGACGUUGCCGAAAUCUAAAGUCACCUUUCCACUUUAAAGUCCAGUCCAGUUGGGUCCACCCCGUACUGUUUGGAACGAUAAAUCCCGAUCUGGAUUCCGUGUCCACUUAGGGAGCGUGAAAGCGGUUAUGGUGACGUCAGCUACCUACGAAGUGUGACAUCGCGAGGUCGCCAAGAAGAAGGCCACACAACGGCGGAAUGUCUUCGAGCAAUUUAAGCAAUGACACAACACAAGGCAUCGAGUUCUCCUCCUUUUAGUCGCAUCCCACUGUGGUGUAUUGUGCCAUCUAUUUUGGUACCCUUUAACAACUUUGGGCAAUAGUCACACUCCAAAUAAUGAACUGAACGGUGUGGUAGGAACGGGCAAGCGCCCUUCAGUCGAGGUGCUGCGCUUUCAAAAAAAACAACCCAAAAAAAACAUGGAUAUCUUCGGUGUAGUUGUUUGUUGGAAAUACUUUUGUCAGUUUGUUCGGUGCUUUUAUUUUUCCACCUGAGUAGAGCUCGUCGGUUUGUUCGUUUUUUCUCGGUGUUGCCGAUGUUAUGCUGGAUGGAGUGAAUUUUGACGUGCAAGCAAAUGGGUCCUUCUCGUGUCGUAUGCGAACAGUGUUUGUCGGACGAUGUUCUCUCCCUGUUGAACCUGUCAAUUGUGAUUAAAUGGAACUAAUCGUGGUGCGUGAGACAAAGACUAUUUGUUGAAUCGAGCGAUAAAUAAAUGGAAUA